UCUGAAAUCUUAGUAAAGGCGUACACAAAAGCACUUUUGAUCAAAAUUUAUUAUUAUGAUAUUAGUUGAACAGUGAUCAAAUAGUACAGAAAAAUAAAGCAUCUUCUCCUCUACGACCACAUGAAAAGAGAAAAUUUGUUGAGGCAUUCUUGUAAGGAAUAAGAUACUGGCGUCAUUACUUUUGGUAUACCCUAAGUAAUAAUCAUAACAGGUUCGAUGAAAGUGAAUGAGUAUUGAGCACAGUAUCAUAAAUGUAUAAAAAUUUCUAUUAUCCAUUUAUUUGGAAUAAAAAAAGAUCUGAUUAAAGUUAAAAUAUUUGAUAAUUGCUUAUUAUAGUAUUAUCAUUGUAUAAUGUUUUGUUACGCAUUUUAGAUGUAAAUAUAUUUUAAAUCGUAACGGUGAACCAGUACCAUUUUCAACGGUUGACUAUGAUCGUCUUGUUCAAACCGCUAUUGAACCAAUGGCAUGUGAUGGACUAAGAACAAUCUGUAUUGCAUUCAAAGAUUAUCAAGAGGGGGCAUUACCUGAUUGGGAUGAUGAGAAAAAUGUGGUGGAAGGCUUAACGUGUGUUUGUAUUUGUGGAAUUCAGGAUCCAGUCAGACCAGAAGUAAAAGGAGCCAUUGCUAAAUGUAAAAAUGCUGGUAUAACUGUGCGUAUGGUUACAGGAGACAAUGUGGAUACAGCUCGAUCAAUAGCAGUAUCAUGUGGUAUUAUCUCAACCAAUGAUGAUUUCUUAGUUUUGGAUGGAAAAGAAUUCAACAGACGAAUUACACAAGAUGGAGUGGUCAAGCAAGAACUUUUUGAUAAAGUAUGGCCACAAUUACGUGUAUUAGCACGAUCAUCGCCAGAAGAUAAAUAUGUUCUUGUGAGUGGGAUAAUUGCAUCAAAAUUAAAUCCAUCGCGAGAAGUUGUUGCUGUAACGGGAGAUGGAACAAAUGAUGGACCAGCAUUGAAAGUAGCCGAUGUUGGAUUUGCUAUGGGUAUUCAAGGUACAGAUGUGGCGAAAGAAGCAUCAGAUAUUAUAUUAGUCGAUGAUAAUUUCAAUUCCAUUGUCAAAGCCGUAAUGUGGGGACGAAAUGUAUAUGAUUCAAUAGCUAAAUUUUUACAAUUUCAAUUGACCGUUAAUGUCGUCGCCGUAUUUUGUGCAUUUAUUGGUGCAUGUAUUGUUAAAGAAUCUCCAUUAAGAGCCGUACAAAUGUUAUGGGUUAAUUUAAUUAUGGACACAUUAGCUUCUCUAGCAUUAGCUACAGAAGUUCCAACCGAAGAUUUAUUAACGAGAAAACCGUAUGGAAGAACAACAGCAUUAAUAUCUCGAACAAUGAUGAAAAAUAUUCUUGGACAUGCUCUUUAUCAAUUAGCCGUUAUGUUAUUUAUACUCUUUGCCGGUCCAAGUGUAUUUAAUAUGGAGGAUGGUGGUCCAGUCGAUGGUGUUUUCAGACCAUCUCAACAUUUCACAAUGAUAUUUAAUGUUUUUGUGCUAAUGACAUUAUUCAAUGAAAUUAAUUGUAGGAAAAUUCAUGGUGAAAAAAAUGUAUUUCGAGGAAUCUUUACAAAUCCAAUAUUCUAUAUAAUUUGGAUAGUAACAUUUGUUGUUCAAAUUAUACUCGUUGAAUUUGGAUCAAUAGCAUUCUCUUGUACAGGAUUAAGCAUAGAACAAUGGAUGUGGUGUUUUCUAUUUGGAGUGGGAACUUUACUAUGGAAUCAAAUCGUCAAUAUAAUCCCUGACACACAACAUAUGCCAAAUUUGGGUGCCGGUGUGCCAAAUUUAGGCGAUCCUUCGAAUUUACAAGAUCAGCGUACAGUCGCCGCUGGCUUAACUAAAGGACAAAUGUUGUGGCUUAGAGGAAUAACAAGAUUGCAAACUCAGCUUCGUGUGAUAAAAGCCUUUCAAGAAUCAAUUGAUCGUAAUCAACCACAUGAAUAUAUAACAAUUGAUAAAUUACGUGCAGCAAUAAUUGUUCCUCAAUUAUCCUCUCUCCAUGGUGUUGAACAUCUAACAACAACUACAAGCCAAGGAAAACCAAUAAUAAAAUCAUCAAUGACAAAUGAGCAUGAAUAUCAUGAUGAAGAUACACAACUUUAG